CGGCUCCACAAAGCCACAAACUUGUUCUCGCCUCAUCCAAGUGGUUCAGAGUCCACGCAGGGAAAGAGGGAAGGAGGGAAGGAGAGCAGUGUGGCAGUCAGCAUCAAUCACUUCAGGGCACUUUGAGUGAACAGAAGAGGCAGGAGAUGAUCGGCAGCCUCUCUGCUGAACUCUCACAGGGCUGACUGGCCAUCAGAACACUGAUUAUCUCUGAUUGAUUAUCUCUGUUUCCUCCGACUCUCCAGCAACAUGAGCUCAUCAUCGGCCAACCUUCACAACAAACGCCUACCAUCGGAGACCGAGCGUGGCCAGAGGCUCCCAGAUGUGGACGCAGCACAGCAGCUCAAACUGAGAGAGAGACAGCGUUUCUUCGAGGAGGUCUUCCAGCAUGACGUGGACGUCUACCUGUCCUCGGCGCACCUUUGUAUCAGAGACUACAAGAGACCUCCCAUCGGAAGCAUCUCGUCCAUGGAGGUGAACGUGGACUUGCUGGAUCAGAUGGAGCUGAUUGACAUCUCUGACCAGGAGGCUUUGGAUGUCUUCUUCAGCUCUGGGGGGGAAGAGGGGGUCCUGACCUCACCUUUGCCAGUCCAAGGAAACAACAACAAUGACGAAGUCAUCAGUAACGGACUCUUUCAACAUGUACUUGAGGGUCUUGACGCCAAGUCCCGCAUGUCUUCCACAUCUUCUAACUCCUCCUCUGACAGCCAGAUCACCAAUGCCAAUGGAGGAGACACCCCUGUAGUCGGGUCAGACGAUGAAGAAACACACACCAGCACAAUCAAGCGGAGAGCCGCAUCCCCAGAGACAGAGAAGGUGAAAACUCAGACUCCAUCAUCAUCUUCGUAGGACGCACUCUCCCCACAAUGAUCUUCACCUGCAUCACAGUAGUUAACACCUUGGCCAGAGACGAAAAGUCGACUUUGCAAUGUGAGCUAUUGAAAGUGGCCACUCCACACACUGGCUCUAAUCACUGUUACUGUUCCUUGAUUUAGGAGUUGUAGGUGGGGUUCUGUGUGUGUUUUGGAGGUGGGGACAAUGAACUGUAAAUAUGAAGAUUUCCUUUUAAUUCUCACCAGUUUCCUUUCCUGUUUUGGCAUGUUUCAGAGGACAACAUCUGUUCCCCUGUUUCUGACCUCACCGGACUUGUAGUUGAUGUAUGAUGUUGAUGAUGUUUCUAAAUUUUGUACAGUAUUAACACAACCCAGGACAGUAAAACAAUGACGGGAAUUAAACAUAGUCAUUGAGUCGUGUAUGACUUUGGGUAAAUUUGGUUCUGAUCAUUAAAUGUACUGUUUUUUGAGGCAACACAUUGUCCUGCAAAUGCAAAUUCUGUUUUCUGGCUCUAAUUUCAAAUUAAUCUCUAACAAGAUUUCUUUGUUUUACCAAUAAAAGAAAAGAAACUAAAUUCUUGAAACUAAGAAA